GUAAACAAGUAAAGAACAACUGCUGGAUUACACGCGGAGAGCGCUUACUGUCGCGCUCUGAACCAGCAGGUCGUUUUAUUGAAAUGUCUGUCACUAAGUGCCUGUGGACGGCCUCUCUGGGGCUGUUUCUACGACUCCUCUAUGGACCCGUGUUCGUCUCAGCCACAUUCCCAACCACGCAGGCGAAGCUCAAUGACCCCGCUGACCUCAACUGCAGUGUCCCAUGCCCAGGUGCGAUCCAGUGGUGGAGGAAUGGUGAACAAGUGGCUGAGUGUGGACCUGGUGCUAAAACAGGACUGAAGUUCUCCUGUACAGUAAAUAAAGGACAAAGUACGCUGACCGUUCCUCAGGUCAGCCACGCUACCAGAGGCUUCAACUCCGCCUACUGCGGUGGGAGAGAGAUGUUUGACUGCCGGCAGCUUCUCCAUCUUCUUCCUCUCGAGUCUGAUCUUGAGCUGGAUGCUGGAGAACAUCUUGAACUGGAUCUGCAGAUUUCCCAGCCAGUGAUCAUAAUGGUCGCAAGGCCUGCUGUCCUCUCCACAGUCCAGCUGUGCAGUGUGAAUGGACGUCAGUAUCAGUGUCUUCCUGAAUAUCAGCCCAGAGUCCUCAUCGUUAGAAACACCUUCAUUUUGAUGGACAUGAUGCCUUCAGACAGCGGGAACUACACUGUACAGGAGAAGGACAACACACCGGUCAGCAUUUCACACGUGACCGUCAAAGGAGGGAAGAGCUCCAGUAUCCAAAUAUAUACCCCAGACACAGAGAACCGUGACUACAAACACAUCUUCAUCAGCUCAGUGAACGUUGUGGAGGACAGCUGGAUAUGGAAGAGCGCCUAUGAGAAGGGAAACAGCGAUGGAUAUCAGACGGGAGUGGGGUUUGGAGUACUGGCUGUCGGAGUUGCAGCUCUGGUCAUCAUGAUUGGAGUAUUCUUUCUUGGUGUGUUUACUGCACCGCAGAUGCGUCCUCAGAUGGACAGCUGUGUCCAGAUGCCCAGAGGUAGAGAUUCCUCAUGCAGGAAUCUAUCUGAGGAUGAGGAAAGGGGGCAUUCCCUGGCAUUAAAUGGUGUCAGCUAGAGUUAAGAAGAAUAAGCAGCUUCUACUGCCUUGAACAAGUUUUCGUUUUUUUAUGGAUUCCAAGUAUUUGAAGUUCUGAAAAGCAGAAAAUCUUGCUUUGACCCUCAGUCACACGGACUGUCUUCAUGUAGAAACAUCUUGUUUGGUUCCUUCUCCUCACUAAAAGGAGCCAAACUUCAGAUGUCUACAGGCAGGGUCAUGAAACACAGCAGCAAGAUUACAGCUGACCCCUCUCAUCCUGGACAUCAGCUCCUCCAGCCACUCCUCUCUGGUAGAAGAUUCAGGACCAUCAAAGCCAACACAGCCAGACAUGCUAAGAGCUUUUCCCCCCAAAAUUCUCAUUAACAGGGGUGGACCAAGUACACAAACGAUGUACCUGAGUUAAACCAUUUGUUGAGUGGGCUUGUUCACUUACUGCCCGUAGAACAUUGGACAAUGUUUCACCUCUGCCAGCUAUUUACAGGUUUUACAUGAAGUCUUUAAAAAAUAGAAAUAAUAUAAAGAACAGAAAUUCUUACCCAGGAAGUAUCAGUAAAGGAAGUUUUAUCAAAGUAGGGAUAAACAGGGAAACAGAGCUUGGUCUCCUACAGUUUAGCGCAUCGCCUCAUAUGCUGGUGUUUCUGUUGCAUUACUAUUUGGAUUUUUUAGCUGCUGCUUGUUGGUUUCAUUGUCAGCAACGGUCAGAGCCGAUUAGCUUUUAGGAAUCAAAAAUGUUCCUGAAAACAGGUCAGAAGCACAGGAACACCAUCAUAGUCAUGUCUCUUUGAAUGUUCUGUAAGGAAACCACUUUCAGGAAUGUCAGGCAGGUCCAAAUCAUUUUGGCUGUUACUUGUUUUCAGCUCUUGAAAAUCAGUAUCAGUGAUUUAUUAUCAUAUCGGUCAGGUAUUGAUUCUCACCGAGCUCCAGCUUUGUGCCUUUACCGUCCAGCAUUCCAGCUGAUUCUCUGUGCCAAAGUCUGUCAAUGCUCUGCUGUUGUGCAUCACUGUUUCUGAAAUUGUUGUUUUUUAUUGUUGUUGUUGUUGUUUGUAUGUGAUUGUAUGGAAGAUGCUGGCUGUUUAUUCAGUGUUUGUCUUGUGAGCCAAAGUACAGAACUGCACUGCUUUAGUAUAAGCUGAAUUUAUGCCAGCUCAGAUUGUUACAGUAAGUGAUGUGUAUAUAUAUAUAUAAAUGGCUUUAUUCCACUUUUAUAUGCCAUUUAUUACAUAUUUGUUAAAAAUGAGCAGGAUGAUCAAGUUUUGACUGAGUUGUGCCGGCUCCUGAAGAUUGCUCCGUCUGUUUCGGCCACUCGGUGGUGGUGGUGGUGGUUUCAGUGGUGCUGAGGACAGAAAUCUCAAUCACAGCGACACUAAUCCAGCAGUCUUCCACCUCUGCCAAGCUCAGGAGUCCAUGCUGUGAUGUGCUGUAGAUGGAAGUCUCAGGACAAUCUUACAGGAGUUUAUUAGAUUUUUAAUCAUUUAUUAAUGAGCUUUUAAACACCAAGUCUGUAAAGCUGCACCAUCAGACAGCACAGCAAUACCAGCUUUUCCCAAAAAGAGUGUACAGUAAUAAAGGUAAACGCUUUGGUAGUUGAUGAAAUAUUGACUUUUAAACGUUUUGUCCUCUUUUUGUCUCAGUUUUUUCAUGUCUAAGUGCCGUUUUCUAAUUCGGUUGUCUUGUACUGGAGGUUUGCUUUAUUACUUGUUUGCAUUCUUCUUCUUCAUAAGCGCCGUGAACGUCCCCUGUCAGACAUGGUGGUCAUUGUGUUCUUAGUGUCUUCACUGUGCCAGUACACAGAAAACGCCGGAGGGAACUCCACAGAUUUUCCUAAAAUUCUGCAGAUUUAAGUGGUGAAAAUGUAACAGGGCGGGUCAGAGUGGUUUGGUGUGAAAUGCUCUGUUCUGGUGAAAGGAGGGAGACAUGCAGGGCGCUGUGCGGCAAAAUAGUCCCCAAAGAAAACUCGUUAUUCCAGAUUUUCCACUAUUUCCCAUCA